AUUCCGUUGAGCUGUGAUGUCGUCAGCGACCAGCCCGUGCACAAGCGCGUAUAUAUAUAGUAGCCAGUAGAAUAGCUCAGUGGACAGUUCAAGCAAGCGCUGAAGAAAAGUUAGUGAACAAAAUUGAGAAGAAUCGAACUCAUCGAAGAGUAAUAUAUUUUGAACAUGAUGAAAAUUUUUGUGUUGCUGGUUGCUGUUCUACUUGGACUUGUAUGCAGUCGCUCAGUGCCUGAUAGUUGUAUGUAUUACCAUGUUGCUUUAUUUAUUCAUUUAUGUAUUUUACUUUAAGAAUUAAGUUCGCACAAACUUUCGUUUGUACGAAUGCAACUAUAUACCUGAAAAAUAUAAGGAGAAUUUCGACGUUUCGAGGGAAGGUCGUCAGUCGUCCUAAGUCAAGGGAACCCCAUUCAAAAUUUAGCCCCUCUCCCCUUAUCCUCUCCCUAGACAAUUUACCCAGGGGCAGGUUAUUUCGAACUCUAAAGACUUUAAGUACUAUUUAAAAAACGAGCAGGAGUGUUUUAUUAGGUUUAAAGCCACGAGCGCGCAGCGCGAGUGGCUUUAGACCUAAUAAAACACGACCUGCGAGUUUUUUAUGGCUUCAAAAACGUUUGCAUAAUAAGUCAAAUCUUUAUAUAAAAAUCUUUAUAUAAAAAUCUUUAUAUAAAAGUCUUUAUAUAGUUUGCAUAACAAUGGUCCUUUGUUAAAGUGUUCUUUAGCUGGUAUAAAGACGUAUGCACGCGACUAAUUUCUUACUCAAGAUUGGAUAAUUGCUUCAUGAAUUAUUAAUGAGUUUUUCAGUGAAACUCAGUUAAAAUACUCAUUAAAGGGAAAUGGCAAUAUAUUUUUUUAUUUUCUCGUUUGAAAGAACAUUUAAAACCAUAUAUAAAACUCUUUUACCGUUUUUUCAUAUCUUGCUUACUUCUACAAAUAUUUUAAUCGAAAGAAAUUAUAUGUCCGCCAUCUUGGAUUUUUGUAGAUAUGCAUGUUACGUCACAACAGGGGUCAUGCAAUAUUUUAAUCUAGACAACCACUAAUUAUUUUGCACUCAAAAUUAUACUCCGUAUGCCCUUGGAAAUAUCAAGAUCACUUGAAACCUUUAAAACAUCUACCAAUCAAUAUUUGGUCAACAACGAAUACUUUUAUAUGGUUAAUCCCUGUUGUGACGUCACCAAAACUACCGUUAAUGAGAUAAAAAGCAAGAUAUGAAGAAUCGGUAAAAGAAGUUAUUAAAUAGUUUCAAAAGUUCUUUCAAAUGAGAAAAUAAAAAAAUAUAUUGCCAUUCCUUUAAUAAUUCAUUAACCUUGUGGAAAAUCAUGUCAGCCAUAAUAUGUCACGUGGAGUGACUUUAUACCAACAUGAGCUCCACCUUUGAAUUUACUAUAUGAGUAAAUUCUUAAACACGUCCGCAUUUAUCAUUAUGAUACAUUCGCGGCAAAUUUUGAAUUUAUCAUAAUAAUAAAUUCGCGGCACCUAACACUAACCCUAACCACAACCCCAACCCUAACCACUAACCCCUAACCAUUAACCCCUAACCCUAACUUUUUAAAUUUUUUAAACUUUUUUAAAAAUCAAACUUCUUAAACUUUUUUUGCUUUUCAAAACUCUUUUAAAACUUUUUAAAACUUUUUUAAAAACUAUUUUUUAAAAAAAUCUUGAAAAACUUGGAACUUGUGUUAAAUUGACCAGCCUUAAUCACAUAGAAAAUACAGGGCGCAUAAUCAAGGUUAGGAUUAAGUUUUACUUGAGAAGGUAUCAUUUACUAAAUGUUCUAUGCUACCUUUUGGACUAUGAUAUAGAUAAGCGGUUGGAUGGCGCGCCGACGAAAGCGAAUGGAACCUCGAGUACAACCUGCAAAGGUUAUCACAUUGAAUGCACAACGAGCGCUGAAUGCUGCCACCAAUAUCAUUGUUCUUCACCUUACUCAAACUCAAGUAAGUUAAUUAGAUAACUGUACAUUUUUUCGGUUUUACUGUCAACUAUUAGUAUAGGUAAUCAGGGACGUAGCAAAGCAACUGAAGAUCGGGGGCUGUCUGUCAGAGGAUUUUACCUGAAAUUUGAACUUCAAUGUUAAAAAUUUACCUGAAGUGUAAUAAUUCUAAUAAACUGGGUUUUUGUAAUUGAUUUGCACUGUUAUACUAAGUCUCACAAGAAAAGAGGGGUCUGGGGGUCCUCCCCCAGAGUUAAGUUUUGGCAUUUUUGAAGCUCUAUAGGACUAUUUCUGGCGUUUUCUAAAGCAAAUUCGAAAACGGAUGUAAAUUGACUGUAUUUUACAAAAAUGGUUUUCCAGUAUCACAAAAAUAAUUACUUUAUUACGCCGAAAUUGUACCUCAUGAAAUGAUAAUUUUAACUUGAAUUUUACCUGAUUUUUGCCUGGGUUUCGCAGUUGGGGGGUCGCUAUGUCCCUACCGAGGUAAUGGAUGGUUUUGAGUGCAAUUUUGGAUAAAACAUAUACACGAGUGAGUUUUUCAAAGAGCAUCAAAAUAGCGCGACCAGGACGAGUGCCAUUUGAGGUCUUUGAAAAAUUCAGGAGUGCUUGUUUUAUCCAAAUUUCACAAGAAACCACAUCCUAUUACGUAUUAAUAAUAUACAUACAAAUGUUCGAGACAAUUACAGUUUUAACCAGAGUCUCUGAGUUUUAACUUACAUUUAUAGCGAACCGACAAAGUUUCCUGCCUUGUUAUAUCAAUUAUGCAACGCUAUAAUGGCUUGCAAAUUUCACUCAAAUAUAUACUAAGUUUUGCUAGUCUUGUUUCAGGCAAAGUCGUUUCCAUUUUAAAAAGAGAUCAAUGCCAUAGUUUCCACCCGAACUCCUUUUCCCAAUUCCCACUCGUGUUGAUAUAGCUAACUGUAUCAACAGGCCGGAAUAAAUGUUUGAUAUUUGUUAAAUACUAGAUAGUAGCUCCGAUAGUAAACAUUUAACAAAAAAAUAUGGGUUUUUUUGUCAUUUUUGUUUUGUUGUGGUACUAUGCUAAAAUAAUUAUUCACCUCAAUGUCGGUGAAUAGUGCAAGAAUAUUCACCUCCACUAAAAUCAGUGAUUGUUAAAUAUCAUCACAUAGAAAUCGUGUUUCAUCGGAGGCCCAAUAGAAUUGAAAAAAAUUCUGAUAUUUUCUCAAGCCUGCUCCCUUUGAAAAUUUUAUGAAUACACCGUUGCCCCCGUUUAUAUUGGUGACUCAUUGUUUUACUUCCUUUGCAGCACUGAUGUGCAUUGAAACCCCGCCCGUACUCGGCUGUAUAGCGGGUUAUGAAAUUUGCCAGUCUGGCGUAGAUGAAUGCUGCGACGUAGAUUUACUAGAUUACGAGUGCACUGAGGGUAAGUGUAUAUUGAAAAAUUGAACUCAAUACUUAACUGGAAUGAGAGUACAGUCUACAGUACAAGGUAUCACAUUGCUCCGAUAUUGCUGAAAAAAUAAAAAUUGGCGACCGUGUAAACACUGAGUGAUAGCUUAUACUUGUAAAAUAUUGAAAUAUUUCGGUUGCUUCGGCAGUUUUUAUUGAAAUUUUUCAGCAUAAUCAGCAAUAUGAUACCUUACUAACCGUCACCCCCUGCGCGCAUAAAUUAAAAGCUGGAAUUGCCUAUUGCCUGAUCACAGUUAAUAAACGUCUAUUAACUGUGGCCUGAUUGAAACGUAAAGCCAAUGACGGCUUCGUUAGUUAUGAGUUUCAGCCCCCCGCGCGGUCUCAGCGUAAUUAUGUCCGAUCGAGUCAAAGCUGGUUUACACUAUCAAAGUUUCUGUGAUCGCGGUAGGGAAUUUUGCAUUGGUAAAUUCUAAGUUAUGAAGCUAGAUUUGUAAGAAGUGUUUGAAGUAACUGACACAGUAUUAAUAUAUUAACACGGCCGGAGUCAGAUCCCUCAACCAUUUCUUACAAAUCCUUCAAAACGUAGAAUUUACCGAUGCAAAAUUCCAACUGUGAUCACAGAAACUUUGAUAGUGUAAACCAGCAGGACGACCUGAUUUGGUCAGUAAAAUAGUUUAUUUUUGGUCACAUUUAGAUGAAAGAGAUUGUAGUAAGGGGCGAACCACUAGAAAUCCCGGGGGGGGGAUAUAAAAUUUUUGCGGCACGAUUUUUUUUUUUCAGUCUCUUGUCUCUGCAGGAUUUUUGUUUUAUGCAUUUAACCUCUGCAAGAAUUUUUUUCAAGACUAUUUACACUUUGCUGUUUGCUUGCACGAUAUUUUUUUUCUCUGACGUAAUGGCUGCACGAAUUUUUUUCCAGGCAUUUUUCUUUGCACGACUUUUUGGGGGAAUUUUCACCCCCCCCCCCUCCCCUCUCGGGAUUUCUAAUGAUCCGCCCCUAACUGACUAUUCCGUAUAGCUUUACAUUAAAAUUGUUUUCCAAUUCAACCGUUUAACGCACUGAACGUAUACUAACAGAAGAAUCUCAAAAUCCCGGAAAUUCAUUUCAUAAUCCCAAAGUCGUCUAGUUAAAACGCUAAAAUCUUGCCAAAAUACCAUUAAAAUUCCCUGAUAAAGGGCAUUUUUGCAAAGGUUUUGAAAUAUCCCAAGAAUCCUCGCACGUUUUUUCAGAGUAAUAGUAGUACAUCCCUCGUUAACUUGAAUCGUUUUCUAAUAUGUAUCGAAGUCUCUGAUCCAAGUCAUCAGUUCUCACUGCCCUGCGCUGCGUUUCAAUACGAUAAGGUUGCAGUGGAUUGAAAAACACAAGCUUAAGGGUUAAGGGAGAUGCGUACAGUAUAUCACUAUGGCUUUACAAAUGCAUGCCGGCUUUAUUUUUGCUUUAUACGAAAGUAUUUUCUCAAUUAUGUUCAUUAAUUAUAGAUUGCAGACCAGAAGGCCCCAAUUGUUCCAAAGAAGACGAGUCUGCGUGUGAAGAUUUCACGUUUUUCACCGAUUGCCCAAGGAAAUGUGGCAAAUGUGGUGAGUUAUUAAUUACUCUAAGGAUAGGGUGGGAACCAUACUUACUUGUAGAAGCUGCACCCCCGUUAUACCCAAACAGCGCGGGGCAGUAUACGGGAGGAAGCAGGUUGCCUUUUUUCCAAGAACUACACUUCGACAGUUGUGCGUUAUUCACAUGAAUUGAAAUUGAGAAUUGUUUUCAAGCUAGCAAUUUAACUCAAAUUCCUCUCAGAAACGUUACGAAGGCUUCCAGCUUUACCAAAAGUAAAAAAGACCUUUCUAAAUAAUUGACAAAUUGUCAUGUUGUUUUCCAAUACAUUUCACUCUGUAGCGUCAUGCAACAAAUAAAAUUGUUCCAUGCAAUCAAUGCCGAAAUUUGUCCAAUUAUAAUUAAUUAACUAUAUUGGCUAUAGAAGUAAUCGAGUAUCCGCACACAAAAUUUUGCCACCCACACAAAUUAGGGCUCAGAAGUAAGUGCCCUAUUUAAUACUUUAUUUAACUAUUUUUGUGUUUUUUUUUUAGAUCACAGAUGUGUCGAAAAGAAUUGGGGAGUCAUCGUAUAGAAGCUUGUUCAGUGCACAUAUACAUUGCUAUCAAAAGUCGAACAUGUGCAAAACUUAAAUCUCAAUUUAUUGACUUGGAUGUAACAUUUUACUGUCAUUAUGAAAUAUCAAUAUUUUGUGGUUUCCAAAAGGGCUUUUCAACACUCAGUUACAAUAAUGUUCAUACAAAGUUUUAAAUUAUGUAUGCUGUGAUAUGGCCUAGCUACAUGGUAAACGUUUUAUAUUCUGGGUUUAAUUAACAAGAUAUUUAAUAUACUAUACUAUACUAUAUAUUAACAAAAUCAAAUAAAAAAUUGAG